AGGGUGCCUCAAGGGACUGUCCAUCCAUUUUUGAAGGGUGCCUCGGGACUGUCCAUCAUUUUAAAGGGUGCCUCGGGACUGUCCAUAAUUUUAAAGGGUGCCUCGGGACUGGCCAUAAUUUUAAAGGGUGCCUCGGGGGCUGGCCAUAAUUUUAAAGGGUGCCUCGGGACUUCCCAUAAUUUUAAAGGGUGCCUCGGGUCUCUCCAUAAUUUUAAAGGGUGCCUCGAGACUGGCCAUAAAUUUAAAGGGUGC